UUAUUUGACCAUUUCCUCUUCCUUUACAUCACAAUAUUUUAUUUUUUGACUUUUGCUAUGUCUUUUUCAUUAAAAUUACUUAUUAUUCAUUUCAACAAACAUAUGAAAAUGUUUAUGACCUACGCACUACAUGUUUUGCCUCCGCCAUUUUGGUUGCAUUGUUGGCCUACUUAAAGUACAGCUCGAAGCUCGUCUUGUCGGUCAGGGCCACCGCAUGUCAUGGCAGAAACAUGAAAAGGGCUGCAUCCCCAGCUCUGAUGGAGGUGGUAGCUGAGGGGUCUCAUCCAUCCGAGGCUGAGGUUAUUACAGAGAUUGUCACAGAAAUUCCAGUGCAAGAUAUCAAACGUCAGAAGACUGAAGAGGAAGUAUGUCUUGAUGAUGGAAUAGUGUAUGAGGAAGAGAUUGUCCAGCCUCAGCAACCUCCUCCGCAGUAUCAGAAUUUGAUCAUUCAGCAUAUGGACAUUGCAGAGCCCCUGUCAACAUUGAAACGACUGCUUGAGAUAAGGUUACAGUGUUCAUUGGCAGACCACCAAUUCUAUUUACAAGACUCCAUUGAGUUGGACAGCAGUAAGAGUCUAGUAGAUCAGUGUGUCCAUGGAGAAGGGAUGGUGCAGAUAAACCUUGAGGUCAAAUCCCAGCCUGGUGUCAUACCAAAGAUAAACAUUUUAGAUAUUUUGAAAACUGCAGAGGAUGAAGUGGAGGAGAAAUAUGCUGCAGAACAAGCACUUCAGUCCAGUCAAUCCCAGAAUGCCAAAGUUGUAAUCCCGCUACCUGAAGAAUCAGAGAAUGUCACAAGAUGGAUAGUUGAUCAAAGUUUUCGAAGAGAUCAAGAGCGAUUAAAAAUUCCUUUUGACCCAGCUCAGUGGAGUGAACUCCAUGUCAAACAUUGGAUACAGUGGGCUGUUAAAGAGUUUCGUCUUCAGAAUGUCAACAUCGAUGCCUUCAAUUUCAAUGGCGAGCAGCUAUGUGCUAUGACACAUCCUGAAUUUGUGCGGCACAUUCCGAAUGACCCAGGGGAUAUAUUCUGGACUCAUUUAGAACUCUUAAGGAAGUGUAAAUUUGUGGCUGUGAUGCAACAACCAACUCCUCAUGCCAUAACUACAAUCACUGUGUCUACAACAGAUGGGGAAGGAAAAUAUGGUAGAGUGAGAUCAGUUGGGAAGCAUCGCCCUCGAUCACCUCGAAUUACUGGAGAAGAGAGAAUGUCUCCUGGAAAUAGAACAGGUAACAAUGGUCAGAUUCAACUCUGGCAGUUUCUGCUGGAGCUUUUGACAGACAAAAUGUGCCGUGAAGUAAUAGCCUGGGUUGGAGAUGAGGGAGAAUUCAAGUUGGUGAACCCAGAAGUGGUUGCUCAAAUGUGGGGUCAGAGGAAAAAUAAGCCCACUAUGAAUUAUGAAAAGCUAUCUCGUGCUCUACGCUAUUAUUAUGAUGGAGACAUGAUCGCAAAGGUACGUAAUGUCCAUGGGAAAAGAUUUGUUUAUAAAUUCGUCUGUGAUUUGAAGAUGUUGCUAGGAUACACAGCAGCAGAAUUGGGUCGACUUGUAGGUACGGCGGAAGAGAUAUCAGUUGUAGAGAGGCGCACACCUCAAGCCCAUCACAUCCGAGGGCGCAACUCUCAUACGUACAUUGCCACAAUCAAAUCUGAUGCACACGCAGCUGCAAGAUUGAUAGAACAACAGGCUGCCUCAUCUCGCAUCAUUGAACAGAGAACUCAAGUGGUGCAGACGGUGGAUUGACUAUAUGAACCCGUAUAAGCUAAAGUGUACAGCAGAAUGUAUGUUGUUUUUGUCUCUCAUGUGUACAUAGUUAAAUCACAGUAUGAUGUUGUGUGUACAUAGCUAAGUAUUUGAUCUAGUUUGUACAUCAAAACGUUUAUAAACCCUGUGGGAAGUGCAUAAUAGAAUUUCUCUCAUUAGAUACCCCUUAUGUUGUCUAAAGCAGCAUUUCCUAAAUAAAAAAAAAUUUCUGUGACUUGCAUACAUUGUAUGUAUACAUUUUCAAUUGACAGUUUAAGUCAAGAAAAGAAUGGGAUUAAAGUAGGGUGUUAAAAUAGGACAUAAAAAGUCACUUUAUUAGGAAUAGAGUAUUUGUUGGAUUGCCAACCUCAGACAAGCCUUCUAUUCAGAGAAGCAUUCUGCAAUAUUAAAAAAAAAUGUCAAGUAUUAUUACUGGUGUAAUUUUUUUCUCUGGGCAAUUUAAGUUUUAAAAUGUGAAAUGAAAAUAGAACAUGCAGACUUUUUUUUCCCUCCCAUCAGAUCAUUAGAAGACUUUUUUUUUUAGAUUAGGUUAAUUUCAUUGUACCGCUACUUAUGAACUUAUAGAUUAUUCUAUCUACUUCUAGACAUAUUACCAGUAACUAGACUUGUAAAUCAAUUUUUUUCUUAAAUUUUCAGUAUUACUUCAUGUGGUAGUGUAACCAAAAAAUAUUGUUUCUUGACAACAAACAUGUUUCUAUUCGUUUGAUAUAAAAGAUUUUUUUGACUUGGCUUUACAGAACAAGUUAUAGUGACAGAAUUGUGUAUUUCAAAUAUUUCAAUACAUUUUGUUAGCUAGCUCAUAAACAGUUUGUCACCCACAUAGAUCUGCAUUGUCUUACUUGACAACUAUGCGAUUCGAGCGUGAAACAAAUGAAAAACAGGAAAUGGAAUGUAAAUAGCCAUGUGAUGCCAAAUGAUCAGUGCUGUUUUUUUUUGUCAUUGCAGCCUUUAAAGCUAUGUUGUAAUUUAACAUAGAAAGUAAAAUGUUGUAUAUUAUUGAGUAUGACCCAUAUAAAAAAAUGUGUUGGACCUAGCUGAUUAUUGUUUCUACUGUACAUACAAAGUGUCUGUUGUAUAUAGUUUUAAUGCACUUCCUGUCUUCAUCCCAAUGUUACACUACUGGACAUUCCCUCACUGAACUAUUAGUGUGCAACCAAGAAAUAACUUACCACAUUGAUUUGUUAUUGCUAUUCACAGGCUGUAAGUAUGAGUACACUUUGUUAAGACUAGUUUUGUUUUGUCUGCCUUUGGUUGCGUGUGUGGUCAUUCAAUGAAUUCUUUUGUAUUCUACAUGUCUGCUGGCUUGGCUCCAGCAUAUGUUUCACUCAUUUUGUUUUAUUUUAAAGAGCUGUAUGAUUGAGAGGCAGCAGUUCAUCAAUGACCCAGUGCCAUUGAUGAUGUUUGAUUUUAUAGUUGGAAUUUGAACGUGCUUCAUUUGUUGGCAAAUAUGAAGUUUGGGUGUCUUUCAGGUGUUAAAUAUGUGUGUCUGGGUGUCUUUCAAGUGUUAAAUAUGUGUGUCUGGGGUCAUUAAAUCUAUCUGGUGGGAAAAGUGUACAUAAUUUGUGUGUGUCUUGGGAUAUAUGGGGUGUAAGAUUUUAAAUUGCAAGUUUAUCUUCGACAUUACUCUUUUUUUGUUAUUUUCUAUUGCUCUGUAUGUGUCAACAUUGCCUCUAAAUACAUUGUAUCAAUGACAUUUGGAAACUGCUGCCUUAUCAUCUUGUAUUCUAUCAUGUUAUGCUGUUCUUUGAUUUCUGUUUUUGGCUCCUUGUAAAUAGACUAAAUUAUAUUCAUAUCAAUUGUGUUGUUUAUUGAUUUAUUAAGACGGCUCAGCUUACUGCUUCAGAAACAAUUUGGAAGGUUAGCAAUGGGAACAAAGUUUUCACCUUAUCCCCCCAUUGAAAUGAAGUUUUAUGGCAGUAGGAGAUUAAAUAGAUCUAGAUCCAAUCUUUUUACUUAUCACCAGAUAUUAUAAUGAAAAUACAUUUCUGGGGGAUGAGCUUUUUUUCAGAGAAUAUUUUAAGUAAAUUAAGCAAGAACCUGUAGUAUUUAGUAAAUUAACAUGCUCUUAUAUUUUAAUUAAUCUCAAAAUAGAAAAUAAAUGUAAUUGCGAGCUACAUUUAAUGUGAUGAUGAUGGUAAAGUUAAUCUUUUAAGGUUGACAGACUGAACCAAAGAUGGAUUUUAACAUGUUAUUUAGUUCUAUGGACUUUAUUUUAUUGUCAAUGGGAAAAUGGUUUUGGAUCAUUUGCUGAAAUUAAAAAAAUGGGACUCAAAAAA